AUGUCUGGCCUUUCCUCUUCCGGCUCAUUGAUUGGAUUCUCAAUCAUUAUUGUGUUCGUUAGUAUUUCAAACUUCUACCUUGACGGUGCCUUUUCCAUAAUCAGAGAUUAUAUUACCGCACCCCAUAAAGGCCCCAGUACUACAUCGCCAUAUUCCUCUAGCUGGAACACAUGGUUUAAUCCUUCCCACAGAACCUCCAAUUACAAUCCAUCAGUACCAGAAAGUGAUGGUUGGAACUUGUAUUACCACCUGGGCGGGUAUGGGCCUUGGAUCGAGAAACUUGACGGUCCUACACAGGACAUCAAACCACCAGCUGGAUGCCAUGUUGACCAAGUGCAUAUGAUGGCGCGCCAUGGGGAAAGAUACCCUACAAAGAAUGCCGGAAGCCGCCAUCUUGACCUUCUCGAGCGAAUUAAGGAAGCAAACGUCACCCUCAAUGGCUCGUUAUCGUUUCUUAACAAUUGGGAUUAUUUCACCAGUACUCCGGAGGAAGACUUUGAUCAAUUAACCAGAACUGGUCCUUACUCGGGCAUGCUAGGUGCAUUUACAACCGGAACGCGCCUCUUAACGCGGUACCAUCAUCUCCUAUCUUCCCAGUCCAACUUCACGUUCUGGGCAAGCGAUUGCCAGCGCGUCAUUCAAACAGCCCAGUAUUUCGCGCUCGGGCUACUUGGCUUGAACUGGGGGGACAUUGGGAGAGCCAAGCUCGAAAUCAUUCCAGAGACAUUCGACCGACGAGCGGAUACACUGACGCCCGGUGACACGUGCCUGAGAUACCUUGAGGACACUGAGAAUGGCCACGAUAAAGGAAUGAACAUGCUCGCUCUUUUCCAGCAGUCGUAUGCUCCAGCUAUAGCGGAACGACUGCUAUUCGAGCAGGGGAAUUCGGCCCUAAGAGCUCUGACGAAUAUGGACAUUUUCAGCAUGCAGGAGAUGUGUGGCUUCGAAACCCUCGUACGAGGCUCGAGUCCAUGGUGUGAUGUAUUCAGCCGCGAAGACUGGGAGAACUUCGAAUACGCCCGCGAUCUCGUGCACUACUAUAGAGCUGGCCCGGGAAACCCGUACGCUGGUGCAAUGGGAUGGCUGUGGCUGAAUGCUACAGCAGGCCUUCUACAGGAAGGGCCAAAAGCUGGACCACUGUUUUUUAGCUUCGUCCACGACGGAGAUAUCGCCCCUUUCCUGGAAGCACUGGAUAUCUUGAAGGAUCCGAAAUAUGACCCCGAACUUCCUGCUACGUACAGGGCGGAUGACCGCGUCUGGCGUACCUCGUCGGUUUUGCCGAUGGGCGGUCGCAUUAUCCUUGAACGCAUUACCUGCUCUUCGAUAGACAGCGAUCGCAAACCUGACGAGGGCACAUUUAUCCGCGUCAACAUCAACGAUAAAAUAGUACCUCUACCAUACUGCAAAACCGGACCUGGACUGUCUUGUCCUUUGGAUGAAUUCAAUGGGCAUGUAGGACGCCGGAACCUGGAGGUUGGCAAUUUUGGCGAGGUCUGCGGUCUUGAUGGGGAUGUUGGGCGAAUAACAUUUUUGAAGCAACAGAAAUCCUAUUAG